AUGAAAAUGAAGGACAUGGUGUUUGUUUGGGUUAGGGAAAAGACCGACUCAAGUGUAAACAAACAAUGCAUGUAUAAAAAGACAACUCAACCAAGCUUAUACGCAGCCAAACACAAAUAAAAUAUAUUAAUUACCAGCAGAAAUAAUGCUUUCUAUGCUAUUACCGUUUGGAAAUACUGGCAUCUACGCUAAUGAUGUUGAUCGGGAAGACUUGCCUGAAAUUGCAAAGCUUGUACAAGCGUUUCCAAGCAUUGAAGAAGACUACCAUGUGGUAAAGCUUGUAGGAGCUGGAAGCUUUAGCAGUGUGUUUAAAGCAGUCGAUAGACACUUUGAUAGCUACGACAAUUCGUAUUGGAUUACUUCGCAAAUUGAAAACCAGAACGGACUGGAAAAGGGAAAGCGUCUGCGACAGCAAUUCGUUGCAAUUAAAAGAGUAUAUGCAACAGUUCUGCCUUCCCGCAUUCAGACGGAGCUAGAAAUGCUUCAUGAGCUUCGCGGCAGCGAAUGCGUCCUCAAUAUGAUUACCGCUGUCCGACAUCAAGAUCAAGUAUUAAUUGUACUUCCAUUUAUUCAACACGCGGAAUUUCGAGACUUUUAUAUGAAGUAUACAUUGCCGGAAAUUGCUAUCUAUCUACAGGACCUACUGAAAGGACUUGCCCACAUCGCAUCCAAAGGAAUUAUCCACCGAGACAUCAAACCUGGAAAUUUUGCGUGGAAUCCAUAUACUCAGAGGGGAGUAAUCUUGGACUUUGGGCUUGCACAAUGGCAAGUGGCAGAUACGCCUUCUGAGAACUGUUGCAUUGACCGACUACGAAAACUGAAGCAGGAAGGAAAAUAUUAUGAUUUUUAUCCCUUUGAGAAAACCAUCGCAGACCCAUCUGAUGGAUAUCUAGUUCACGAUCCUCGUCCUACCAAGAGAGCUGAUCGGGCGGGCACACGGGGAUUCAGGGCUCCAGAAGUACUAUUUCGUUGUCAAUACCAGACAUCCAUAAUUGAUAUUUGGUCAGUAGGAGUUAUUCUUUUAUGCUUCCUAACUAGAAGAUACCCUUUUUUCCGAUGUGAAGACGACAUCGAUGCUAUCGUUGAGUUGGCACACAUUUUUGGGAGAAACCAAAUGUCACGAUGUGCCUUAUUGCAUGGGCAAAUCUGGUCUGACAAUCUCACAACAGUGCAAGACCAAAAGCACAGUUGGCUCGAUUUAAUUGGAAGCAUUACAAAAAGCGAUGAAAACUCUUUACUCGACGUGAGUCCCGGAUGCGAAGUUGCUCUUGUCAUUGACUUGUUGGACAAGUUGCUUGAAUUACAGCCAUCCAAGAGACUUAGCGCUGAAGCUGCUUUGGAACACGACUUUUUCAAGGUAGCAGGCAUCCAGCGAGUGUCAUACCCAUAAGACCCAUCUAUUCACUGACGACUCCAACCUGUCAAACGAGAAAGACGAGAGUAUGUAUCUAUUCUUCCAUCAUCUUGUGUCCUUUCCAUUCAGGUAUUCUCGUUCGUUCUCCAUGAAACACGAAUUCUCUCCCUUUACGACUAGCGAAAUGAAACUCUGUACCAGUAAUCUCUGUAUUUUAAUAUUAAGCAUUCUUUUAUUCACUUAUUCUCACAUCAAUAACAAAAUAUUCAAAAUAAUCAAG